AACAUGGUGCGAAGUGCUUCCAACGAGAAAAGGGGAGAUACUCAUGCCCUCAAGUUGUUCUCAUCCUCCUCGGAAGAAAGUGCGAUGGAUGUUGUGUCUGGGCUGUCCAUCUCCCCCAGUGCCCCUGCCUACCUCAGCUACAAGGAAGAGCAAAGUUACAGCCCCAAGAUGAGAAGGGAUCUAAAACUGUUAACAAAUUCCCAGAAAAAGAAGAGUUCCAGUAUUGAUGGCAGUGAUGGGCAGAUGCUGGGGAAACGAAAAUUAGAGAAGGAAAAGCGAGCUCUGUUUGAUGCUGUAGAACAACAAGACUUGGAUCUGACCAAGGCCAUACUGGAUGCUCUGUGUGUGGACAUUAACAGAAAACAUGACACCCUGGAUAUUGCUGUGAUGACCAAUAACAUUCCUAUGGCUAAGAUGUUGCUGUCUAAAGGUGCCAGAGAGAGUCCCCUGUUUCAGAAAGGUGACUGCCGACUACACAGACUUGAGUCACUAGUGACGGAAGCAGAGAAGAGGGUCAUCGAUCUUACUGCCACGGUGCUGAGUGCUUCAUCGGGCAAUGCUAAUGUGUCGCCAGCUCAGAUGAAAGAAAAUGAGAAACUGCUGGGUCAUUGGGAAUUCAGACACAAGUUACUAAAAAGAAUGAAAGCAGGCUACGAACAUGCACGAUCCCCUGAAGCACCAACAAAUGUGAAACUUGAAGUGACCAGCAACUCUUCCCUCCUGGUCACUUUUUCUGAGCCUCAGAGUCACAAUGGAGCAGUGGUCACAAAGUAUAAAGUUGAAUGGAGCAACAAUGAGAAUUACCAGCCCCUGUCAGGGGAGACAACCACAGAAAACCUGUCUCGCUUGGAGGUGAACCUCAAAAACCUAACCAAGGGGGACACAUAUUUUGUACGUGUCUGUGCCUGGAACAUGAAAGGUUAUGGGCCUUUCUCCAGCAGUGAACCUGCUUCGGCUGUACCCUCGAGUUGGCGAGAGGUGGAAGACAUCCCUCCAAGAUUAGAAGGCAAAGUUGCCUCCCUGUACACCCUUUACCAUCAAGUUAAGAGGUCACGGCCACCAGAGGCUGCAGAAAUGAAAGAUAUCUUAAAUAAAGGAACAGAGUCACCUAUGCAGAAGAAAAGAAUUAGCAUCAAGAACUUGUUUGUUUCUGCACCAAAAUUUCAAAAGACGAUAAAGAGGGGUGUUUACAUGGCCUGCCUCUUCUACUGUGAAGAUAAGAUAUUGGUGACUUCGGAGGAGCAGCUGCCAAUUAUUGAAGUUGAUGAAACUUUUUCUGGACCCUCCAUUCAAAAUGAUCUCUACUGGUUGCUAAAGGUGUCCUGUAUGUGGGAGGACAUCAAGGUACUCAAGCAGGACAUGGAGAAGACCAGCAGUGCCGGUUCAACCUUCAGAUGUAAGCUGCUGCAGGCCAUUGUAUCCUUGCAGACUGGCCUGGGCGUACAAGAUCUGGGACAGUUCUUCCAUCGGCCAGUCCGGGACAACAACAGCAGCAUUAUAUUCACAGUGGUUAAUCAGAUCCGCGACCCCAAACUUGUGACCCUGGGAUCCAGUAAGUGGGUGACGUUUGGCAAGUUGGCUCGGAGACAAAGUUUAUCCACGGUGGAUGCUACAGAUGCUCAUAGUCUUCUGGUCAGUGCUGUGCCGGAAAUGAUUAUGUACAACCAAGUCAGUGGGAUCUGCUUGCCAAGGGGACUGUACCUAGGAUAUGUCAAGCUUCAAGCCUCAGUGGAAGUCCUGAGAGUUAUGGUACCUAACAGAACCCCAAACUGUGUGCCCCAUGUGAAGAUUAGGGACUGUCCUAAUGUGUCUAGGGAGGAGUGGGAGUGGCUGCUAAAAUGUGGUUAUGGCAAAUUCAGUGAUAACAACAUGACUCCCGCACAGAAGAGCUUUCACAAAUUGUUUAUGGAUGCUACAAAGAAAAUAUUCACACAGCUUGAUCUCUCAGAAGAUACAAUAGCAAGCCAUCGAAUAUACGACCUGGAAGUUCUCGAACUGUCUCCCUCAGUUACGAUGAUCCUGGUGAUGCCUUCCAUCGAAGACAUCUGUAUAGUCCCAGGACAUUCAGACAGCCUUGCCAAGAGAGCAGACUUCAGCUUUCUGCCUGUGCAGAUCUUUGAGUCCAUUCACAUGCAUGCCUACUUGCCAGAGUUUUUCUCCAUGUACGCUCGACUUUCUGCCAUAGUGGAGAUGGAUGGAGUGUUGGCGCAGCAAGGUCACAGGGAGGCAUUUUCAACUGAAGAACUCAGUAAAGCCAAAGAACAAGUCGAGGUCACAACACACCUUCAGCAAAAUCUGGACAGAAUAUGGAAGUGUGCCCGCUGGAUUCGUGACAUCACAACCUAUGCAAGGAACCGAGAAAAGAAAGCGGGCAUUCAUCUGUCCCACAUAUUUUCAAACAACCUGAUAACCAACAACAACUGUAGCAGACGAGACAAUGAGAACAUGAUAUCAUCCAGCAUAAGCAGUGAAGUGAAUAACAAAAUGCUCCAUUUUCGCCAUUCUUCAUCUUCUUCCAUGUACGUACAGAACUCUAGUUCGGACUCGGUCACUGAGAAAGACCAUACAAACAGUACAGACGUUUCUGAUACUAGUGAGGAGAAUCCUCUUAGCUCUUUCAGUAUCACCUCUGAUGGUGCUUCUGAUAAUAUGGACAAAGAGGCAUCUACAUCAUGUGUUUCAUCGCUAGCCACUCCACUACAGAACAUCUCUCAAGUUUCGCCUUCACCUUCUUUUUCUGUAGCAUCAUCGACGUCAUCAUCAUCAUCAAAUAUUGCACCAACAGAAUCGACCCCACCGCCACAAGACUCAUCAUAUGCCAUCAUUAAGGUCCAUGCUUUGUACGACACCGGGCUGAACAAAAAUGUGAACAUUAAGCUGCACAUCACGGAACAAACAACUUCACGAGAUAUUAUCAAUUUAGUCGUCAGGCACCUCAAGUGCCAUGAGGAAUCUUUAGCCAGCUUCUGCUUGGUUCUCAAAUUGCAAGGACACAAGAAGGUACUGCGGGAUGACUACAAGCUGCUUCAACUGAAGAGUCAGCUGCAGAAAGCCAAAGUCUACAUCACCAUGUUGGAUUCUGUGUUUUCAGAGGAGCAGCUAGGUCAGGCUUCAUUUGUGUGA